AUGCGCGCUUCGUUCAGGCACGCCCUCGCCCUGCUGCCGGCCCUCGCCGCAGCCGCCGCCCUCCCGCCGCCCGCCCACCGCGCCCUCGCCCGCUCCCAGGCCCCGGAUGACGUGAAGCCCGUGGUGCUCGAGCUCGACGCUCAGAACGCGCAGGCAACCUUCAGCGUACCCUGCCAAGGCUGUCUUGGCGUCGCCGAUGACGAAUCUCUCGUUUUCGACUUCCAAGUCUUCCCCUCUGCCCAGCCGUGCGGCGAGGCAAACAUCACCCUGAACGGCCACCAGCUGAACCAGGAGUGGAAUGGCAUCCGCGCCCAAGGCAACGGCACCAUCUCGAGUUCCAACAAGGCCACUGCCGACCAUGAGCCCGACCACGACCUCGACCUGUCCUGGGAGACCGCCUGUCUGUUCGAGUCUCUUUCCGAAUCCGACGCCAGCGAGUACGGAGACGAUGUUGCUCAACUCUUGACCGUCAACAUCCAGAAGGUCGACGACAAGGGCGUCCGCUCCCCUGCCGGUUUCUCCGUCUCCUUCAAACAGACUGCUCGCAAGGUCGAGCUCCUCAGGCUUGCCACUAACCCCGUCUCUCUCCCGGACGCCCUUGGCGGCCAGGACUGGCGCGACCCGCCCGCCGACCUCCGCCUCGUCUCUGUCGACUUCGCAGACCUGCCCGAGGGUUUCUUCCGCCAGAGCGCUUCCAUCGAGGACGAGAUUGAGACGCUGCGUCAGCUCGAGGCCGAGGAGAAGCAGAUACAGGAGCGUAUCCGCCUGCAGAAGGCAGUCAUCCAACAGCACAUGAGAGACCAUGCACACUCGCUAAAGGACGAGUUGAAGACCUGCAACAAUCUUUCCUGCGUCUUCGGCGCCUUCCUCCACAAGGCUCACGGUGCUGUACGCAUCAUCUACAUCCACCUGAGUCCAGGUCCGCACUACCCCCACGACGACGAUAUGGACCGCCCGCCUUUCCCCUACCACGGCCAUCCCGAACAGGCUUUCGCCGACAUUGACGGGCCGCCUCACCACCCCGGACCCCACGCCAUGAAAUUCGACCAUCACCAGCCUGGACCGCCCCCGCCGCCUCCUUUUGAUGGACCGGGAGGCUAUGGACCACCCCCUCCUCCUCCGCCGCCUCCCCCUCCUUUCGGUGGUCCAGGAGGCUAUGGGCCGCCUCCGCCGCCUCCGCCGCCUUUUGGUGGCCCGCACGGCCACGGUGGUCCCCCGCCGCCCCCGCCGCCCCCGCCGCCUGGUUUCGAUGGUCCAGGCGGCCGCGGACCACCCCCUCCCCCUCCGCCCCCGCCCCAUGGGCAUCAUCACCAUCAUGGCGGACCUCGCCCUGUCCACGGCGUUCUGAUGGCUUUCGCCUCUUUGACUGGACUGGCCUGCGUUUUCGGCUUCAUCCGUCGCAACUGUUGCACCCUGCGUCAGCGCACCGAACGUCGUGCCACUCGCGAGGAGCGUCGCACUGCCAGACAAUACCGUCGCCUUGCUCGCCGCCACGCCUGGAAGCAAUGGUGGAACGGAAGCGACGACGACUGGGACCGUAGGGCCGAUUACGAAGAAAAGAGGGCCCUGAUUCUGGACCAGGAGGACAGACUCGAGGAGGCCAUGCAGGAAGAAAUCAAACACCUGCGGACUGCUCAUGAGCUUGCCCACGACAUUGUCCAGGCUGAGCAAGGAAGGGCUUCUCCGGCUUCCCCCGGACCGUCGACUUGUCCUUGUGUCAAUGCUCAUGCCCACAACCACGUGCACACUCACCCUCAGAUGCACGCCUACCCGGGACCUCCCAUGGAGCCGCUCCCCCAACCCCAUCACGUGGCUCACGGAAUGUACACUCCGCCCCCGCCGCACAACAUGUCUCGUACGAGUAGCCUUCCUUCGUACAAAUCUGAUCUAGGUAGCGUGGACACGGAUGACGCUCCUCCGGCGUAUGAAGAAGACGCUGAUGGCAGCGACAUUGUUGUCGAUGGUUUCCGCGAGUACACCCCUUCCGUCACUACCGUCUUCACUCCUGAGAGCAGCAUUCCGGACGUCUCUCCGCGCCCCAGCUUCGACACUAUGAGGGAGCCUGUGGAGCCCAUGGAGUCUGACAUUGUCGAGUCUGCCGGUCUGGACCGCGACAGGAAGAACUAA